CGUUAGAACGCGAGCGGAUUCCGCGUCCUUCACUCCCCGCCGGCAUGGAGGAGCCGCGGCUGCCCGCCCCCAUCAACCCCAACAACUUCCCGGCCAAGCUGUGGCAGCUGGUAAACAGCCCACGCUUCCGCUCCAUCUGCUGGGACGCCCGUGGCGAGGGGCUGCUCAUCGACCAGCCGCUCUUCGAGAGCGAGCUGCUGGGCGCGGGGCUGGGCUGCGCCACGGGGCCGGCUGGCGAUGGGAUGGCGGGAGCUGCCGAUUUUUUCAAGACCAAGAACUUCACCAGCUUCAUCCGACAGCUCAACCUCUAUGGCUUCCGCAAGGUGGUGAUGGGGCCGGCGGGCAGCGUGGCAGGGCCCGGACCUGGGCCUGGCCUGGGGGCUGGCAAUGGUGAUGGCAGUGGCUCCGCCGGGCCCCUGCACCACUUCCACAGCCCCAACUUUCGCCGUGACCGCCCUGACCUCCUCAUCCACCUGAAGCGCCUGACGAGCGCCAACAAGGCGAAGCUGGCUGCUGGUCUGGAGGUGACCAGCCGCCCGCCCAACCGCUUCCAGCGGGUGCUGGGCACAUCACUGCACGUGGACCCGCUGCUGCCGCCCUCAACACUUGGCAAGGCCAGUGGGCCCGGACUGCUGACUGUAGGACAGUUUCAUCAACCUUAUCAUCAAGACAGUUUCCUUCCUUACUCCUACAUAUCGACCUCAUCCCAGAACAACGGCACUUUACCGACAAAAAGUUUAGAUUGGACUCCAGCGCCUUCCAGAACAUGGCAGGGUUCUCUUGGGUUGCUUCCAGGGCAUGAGGCUUCCCCAACUUUUCCAAAUAAAGGGGUUGCCUUUCCUGUACACCAAAGGUUUCCAACAGAAGUCACAUACACAGUCCAGCCUGUUGUCUCUCUUCUGCCACUCCAGCAAGGGUCUCAAACCAUUGCCACUUCCCUUCCAAAAUACAGCAGCUACGCAUCUUCAGUGCAGUACUCACAAGCCUACCAUCCAACAGCUACAAUGCAGUGUUCGCCACCUGCCCACGUAGAUCCUCUGACUGGCUGUGCUAGUCCUACAGCUUCGACCUACACCCACUGCAGCUUUUUCCAGAGUCCUCCAGUGCAGUCACCUUAUACAGCUGAAUUUCUGCCCUCUGACUGGCCAUGUAAUACAUCUGAUGAAAACAAGGAGACAGAAGUAAAUCUUGAAGCUGUGUUUCAGAUGGUUGAUGAGAUGCAUUCAUCACCCAAAGCUGAAAUUGUGAAAGUGGAACCUGUGGAGAGCCAGUGUUCAACCCCUCAGUCUAACAGAGGUCAACCACUGCUGGUUAAUAGUGAGAAUAGUUAUACACCUUCUUCAGCUGAUGAAAGCCAACUGGAACCUCUUACUCCUGUAGCUGCAGACACAUCAUUUGUGAUGGGAGCAGAUCAAGCAGUAACUUGUUCUCCAUUACAGCCUUCUGAAUUUCUUUGUGCUACCCAUACCACUGUGUUUGUAGAAAGUGCUGCUGCUGAAGUAGUGCAAGAAUCUGUGACCACACAGGAAGCAUGUGAAAAACUGAGAGAGGGAGCAGAACAAGCAGUAACUUGUUCUCCAUUACAGCCUUCUGAAUUUCUUUGUGCUACCCAUACCACUGCGUUUGUAGAAAGCGCUGCUGCUGAAAUAGUGCAAGAAUCUGUGACCACACAGGAAGCAUGUGAAAAACUGAGAGAACAACUGGAUCACUGCCCAACUCUGUCCUCCCUAAUGUUUGUUCAGGAAGGACCAUUCAGUCCAGAGCAGGAGAAUACUAGUGUUAAAUGUGAAUCCAGGACAUCAGAGACAGAAGAGAGACAAUUCACUUCAGGAACUGAGCCUGUGAACAAAUCUGUAGAAGAGAUGGAUUCAUCUGUAAAACCUAGAUGCAGGAAAAGAAGACACAGUUCAUGCAAUGGCAAGUCCCCUGAUCUCCAUCUGCUGGUAGAUGUGGCUUACAAGCAGGGGUGCUUUGCGAAGGAAGAAACAAGAGAGUGAGAAGUGGGUGACAAGUACGUGAAAAUGUGCAACAGCAGCCAGCUGGGUUCCCUUGUCAGACUCCAGUGGCAGUGCUUUGCACACAACAGACACUUUGGAUCAUUUCAACUGCGUUUUAAAAAAAAAAACCCUCUAUUUUUUUUUGCUUUCAUUUUAACUUUGUAGGGUAUUAGUUGCUGCAUUUUUUAUACCUCUUCCAUUACAUUUUCUACCUGUGAAGUUAUAGAGCAUAUAGUGGUCAGAGUAUUUAAUAUGAAGUAAUUAGUUAGCUGCUUGUAUUUUUUAGAUAUGGGAAGUCUGAACUUUUUGUAAACAGGAUUUUUACCUUUUCCAUUACAUUUUCUACCUGUCAAGUUAUAGAGCGUAUAGUGGUCAGAGUAUUUAAUAAGAAGUAAUUAGUUAGCUGCUUGUAUUUUUUAGAUAUGGGAAGUCUGAACUUUUUGUAAACAGGAUUUUUACCUUUUCCAUUACAUUUUCUACCUGUCAAGUUAUAGAGCGUAUAGUGGUCAGAGUAUUUAAUAAGAAGUAAUUAGUUAGCUGCUUGUAUUUUUUAGAUAUGGGAAGUCUGAACUUUUUGUAAACAGGAUUUUUACCUUUUCCUUUACAUUUUCUACCUGUCAAGUUAUAGAGCGUAUAGUGGUCAGAGUAUUUAAUAAGAAGUAAUUAGUUAGCUGCUUGUAUUUUUUAGAUAUGGGAAGUCUGAACUUUUUGUAAACAGGAUUUUUACCUUUUCCAUUACAUUUUCUACCUGUCAGGUUAUAGAGCAUAUAGUGGUCAGAGUAUUUAAUAAGCAGUAAUUAGUUAGCUGCUUGUAUUUUUUAGAUAUGGCAAGUCUUAACUUUUUGUAUACAGGAAGCAUUAAAAACUUUCUCAAAACUUUCUUACUGGGAAACAAAUUGGUUUUAGUGCUGUAUUUGGAAUCCUUUUAUUUAACAUUGUUGGAAGCUACAGUAUGCUCAGCAUAGAUGGUGUUUGGUGCUCUCACUGUCUUUGCUUGAAGUCAUACUGUGGCCCUUUACUGGGAAUUGUGUAUUAAACAAAAGCGUAGGAAAGUCACAAGAUUCUAGGUCUGAAUGGGUCAGGGAUUUCAGGAGAGCAGCUAUAGGAAAGAUGAGCUAAUUUUCUGAGUGAUUAACCAGGAAAUGCUCUUCCUUCCUAAACCAACGCUCUGUUUUCAGCAGCAAGUCUAUCCUUUAUGGUGGGUAUCCAUUACAUAUGACAGCUGCUGAUCUUUUACAUUAAUGGAGAAUUCUUCUGUUUUCAAUUCUAAUGGUAUCUGUAAUGAUAAGUUAUUUGUUAUUUUCGUACUUUGUUUUAAAUAGGUCUUAAAUUAUUAAUUUCUUAACUUUAAAAAUAUGAUUGUAUUUAUAUUGAUAGCAGAUCGUAAGUUUUUAAUAGCUAUGCAUUUGUACUUAUGUUAAAAUACUGUUUGAAGGAUAAAGGGGGCACAUUCUGUAUUUGUGAUGUUAGGGAAAUACAUGUGGA